AUGAAUCCAAAGACGGGGAAGGUACUACGUGCCUUGAAAAUCAACAAGCAAUCUCAAACGAUAAAGAAAUCAUCAGUGAGCAGGGUACAGCAUAAGGAACCACUGAUCAUAUACACGCAAUCACCGAGGAUCAUUCAGACGCACCCGCGUCACUUCAGGGAGCUCGUGCAGAAACUCACUGGAAUUUGUCGCUCCGAUCUCGACGACGAUACUGCCAUUGGCGACGCCGACGCCUUUAAACCGGCUACUCCACCGUUAAAGAGAGAGUUAAAGGGAGAGUCGGAAGAGAACGAGGCGACUGCGUCGGUGAGCACGGACGAAGAAGACGGCUGCAACAUGAGCGAAGUGAUAUCCAAUUACAACAAUUUUUCGAUAUUGGAAUCUGAUUUCUUGAAUGGCAGUUCAAAUACGCCAUUGUUGCACUUCGCCGAUUUGUAUGGAUCCUUAUGA